AUGGCUGUGACGUUGAAGCAGGAGGUUAAUUUAUCUCGUCGGGCCUGCAGGCUCGACCGGUACGAGCAGCAGGCGGACGGUUCCGGCCGGAACCGAAUGUCGACGCACAAAAUGACGCUGGAAUACCCGCGGCGAAGGCCGUGCAGUAGCAGCAGCUGUUGCCCCGUGAACCUCCUCCACCGAAGCAACACCGACCAGAGCGCUUAUCCGGAGCUUGCGAAGAGUAGUCAACCAGGUGCUAAUAACUACGUGCCGACCAUGCCGCCAACGAGGGCGAAUGUAUGUUGUGAUCGACCCGUCUACCGGAGGGACAGCCACCGGAACGGGGCCGAGGAAGCUGCUACCGUGAUGGCGUCCCUGCUGGCGACGCUCACCGUCGGCGUGUUGGCCACGCUGCGCAAGGGCUCCGAACUGGGCCAGCGCUGUCAGCUCGGCAAGCUGUGUAUAUACGUAGUGCUGUGCAGUGCCCUGCUGUCCAACGAUGCGUUCGUGCUGGCGAGGCCAAAUCUGAGUGCACCGGUCGACGGCGAGAAGGUGCCGGUCGGUCAAUUAUCAUCACUGGGCCUGGCGUUCGACACCAACGGCGGCGGCAGCGGCCCGCUAACGAGCGCCAGUCAAUUAAAGCGUUCCGCCGAAGCAGCGCCCAUCCUUGCGUCGACCGUGCCAUCCCUAGACGCCGCCGCCGCCGGAGGCCACGGAGCAGCUCACGCUGGGCGGGCCGGCGAGGAGGGAGGGGACGAUCAUGGCCACAAGCGGUAUCCCGUGUCGCAGGUGGACUUUUCCCGCGUCGAAACCCCGUUCGUUAUCGGUGUCUGGAUUCUGUCGGCCAGUAUCGCCAAGAUCGGUUUCCACAUGACACCGAAGCUUAGCCGCGUAUUCCCCGAGUCCUGCUUGCUGAUCGUGGUCGGUGUCAUCAUCGGGGUGCUGCUGCGGUACGGCACCAACCUGCACAUGUCGCCGCUGACGCCGAACACCUUCUUCUUCUACAUGCUGCCGCCGAUCAUCCUCGACGCCGGCUACUUCAUGCCGAACCGCAUGUUCUUCGACAACAUCGGCACCAUUCUCCUGAUGGCUGUGAUAGGCACGAUAUUCAAUAUCGCCACCAUCGGCACCUCGCUGUGGGCGUGCGGGCAGACCGGCAUCUUCGGCGUCGACCUGCCGUUCCUGCACAUCUUCCUGUUCUCGUCGCUGAUCGCGGCCGUCGAUCCGGUGGCGGUGCUGGCCGUGUUCGAGGAGAUUCACGUCAACGAGGUGCUGUACAUCGUCGUGUUCGGCGAGUCGCUGCUCAACGAUGCCGUUACGGUCGUAAUGUACCACAUGUUCGAGGUGUACAACCAAAUCGGCACCAGCGAAAUCAUCGCCACCGAUAUCGUGUCGGGCAUUGCGUCGUUCUUCGUGGUUGCUCUUGGCGGUACCAUUAUCGGUGUCAUCUGGGGCUUCCUCACCGGUCUGGUGACACGAUUCACCGAUCACGUGCGCGUCAUCGAGCCGAUCUUCAUCUUCGUGAUGGCGUACCUGGCGUACUUGAAUGCGGAAAUUUUCCACAUGAGCGGCAUCCUGUCCAUUACCUUCUGCGGCAUAACGAUGAAGAACUACGUCGAGCAAAACGUGUCGCACAAAUCACACACCACCAUCAAGUACGCGUUGAAAAUGUUGUCGUCCUCGGCGGAAACGAUCAUCUUCAUGUUCCUCGGUGUGGCCACCGUAAACAAUAAGCACGUGUGGAACACCUGGUUCGUGCUGUUGACGAUACUGUUCUGCUCCGUGUAUCGAAUCUUUGGUGUUUUGAUACUGUCGGCGUUGGCGAAUCGUUUUAGAAUACACAAGCUUACCAAAGUAGAUCAAUUUGUUAUGUCCUAUGGAGGCCUUCGUGGAGCUGUUGCAUUCGCUUUAGUAUUACUGAUUGAGGUGGAUCACAUCCCGCUGCAGCCGAUGUUCUUGACGACGACGAUCGCGGUCGUCUACUUUACGGUGUUCCUGCAGGGCAUCACCAUCAAACCGCUAGUCAAAAUUCUUAACGUGAAGCGCUCGAGCAAGCGUAAACCGACCAUGAACGAGCGUAUCCACGAACGGUUUAUGGACCACAUGAUGGCCGGUAUUGAGGACAUCGUCGGCAAGACGGGCAACUACAACAUACGCGAUAAGUUUAAGAGAUUCGACAAUAGGUUCAUUCGUCCAUACUUGAUCAAGAAUUUACAGGGUCCGGAGCCGAAGAUUUUGGAAACCUACUCUAAGCUAACGAUGCGAGACGCCAUGGACUACAUGCGCCGAAACCCAUCCACCAUCGGACAAAUGUCUGGAACUGAAUCAAUGAGUGCAUUAUUUAGAAACUACACGUCCUACUUCGGCGGAAGGUGCGGCGCGACAAUGCUCGGCACAUGCCCUAGUUUUACGAAUCUUGAAAAUUCGACGCGCAACCUGGACAUGCAGGAGUUGGACUACAAUCCGUCGAAGAAAGAUCUGACGGAUGCCAAGAUACAUCAUCUGCUGUCGGAGGAGCUUAAACCGUACCGCCGGGCUUCACUACAUACGGCUCGGAGACUCAGCUACAGCCGUCACGCUGUUGAUGACCGAGACCUCUCGACACAGGUCAACUACAAAAUGCAGAUGAACAUACGGCGUAUGAUCAGCGAAAAGAAACACCACAAGCGCAGCAAACGAGUAAAGGAUGGCAAGCAGCAGAAUCACGUCUCGUUCCCGGAGUUCGUGCAGAACGGAUCCGCGAAACAGUUUGCGAACGAUUAUAUCAACGAAGUCCUGCACGAGGAUAACGAGGACGAGGAGAGACAAGCCGGACCGGCGGAAGACUGGGACGGGGGUGGCCUAACCUUUACCGCCAAGUCAUCGCCCGAAUCGCCGGCUGUAAGUCUAAAACAAUCCCUUGCGUCCGGAGGAGACCGUGGUGCAAUCGAUGAAAGAGGUGCCGAAAAGGAGGACAAACGUUUCUCGCGAGAAUCACGAGUGUUCGAAGCGGAACAACGUGUUGCAACACCGACGGCCAUCGAAGCCGUCCUACCAUGGAAGCGCGUGGACGAGAAUGACGAAAAUGGUGCUAUCAAACAGAACGAAUUCCCAUCGUGGGCUUCGAACAAGGAGUAUUUAGCUUAUAAUUCACCAAGUGCAACGUUUUUGGGUGGCCUAACGCAACCUAAACAGGCUAAGUCCGUAAUAGGUCUGUUCCGGCGCGAGAGUUCCGGUUCCGGCGGUGUCGUCAUCGGCGGAGUGACGGAUUCCGAGACAUCGACGCCGGUGGCGGCCACGACGCCCGUCGGCCGGGGGGCGGCCGUCCCCAAGGACAAACGGUCGGCCUCGAUCGCCGGCUACAUCACGCUCGAUGGCGGUGACCCGUCGGCCAACCAGGUCCUGGACCCGCUCGGUAUCUCCCGGGCCGUGCCGCAUGCGAAUGCGUUCCCGGUGACCGCCAGCCAUCGGCGCAAUAACCGCCGGGGAUCGAUGUUGGAGCUGAGCGGCGAGGCAAUCCCAGAAGAGAACUACACCAAAUCCCUGCCCGAGCGAGACAAGUACGGAGCCCGCCGAGGACCGGGUCUAAUCAAGGCGUCAUCCAUCAACACGCCCAAAUCGGCCAGCCGACGCCCGGGCGGUGGUCCCGUGAACCCGCAAACGACGGCCCUUCUUUCGGCCAGCUCAACCGACGAGGAUGAUGACGACGACGACGGUGCCGAUGACGAUCGGAGAGGUGACACUCGGACUGGGAGUGCCGGCCGGCGGCUGAACGGCGCUACCGAAGACCCGGACGAGGACGAGGACGACGACGAGGAUGAGGACUGUGCGGACGAGCAGCACCCCAUUUGA